AUGCCGAAGGAGGCGACCUGCGACGUCGAGUGUGCCAUGAAGGUAGAGGAGAUUCGCAUCAUGAGCAAGAAGCGCAAGCAGUCUCAGCGGGUCGGCGGCGGCAACGGGGCCUUGGCCUCCGAAGAGGGCGCGAAUAUCAGCGCAAAGGCGGCCAAGCGGCCCUUGUCGAACAGUAACGGCUGCGGGGCGGGUACGCAGUCCGCGAAGAGCGGCGGCGGCGGCGGCGGCGGCUCCGUGCCUCCUCCUGCGGACCAAUUUUCGGCGGCCUCCGCGGGAGUGGCGGCGCCGAACCUAUCGAAGGCGUCUUCGGCUUCGGCGGCCGGCGGCGGCGGCGGCGGCGGCGGCGGCGGCGGCGGCGGCGGCGGCAAGGACUCCAAACACGCCGCCUCUCGCCGGCGGUUCGUCUGGUCCGUGCCCCUGCACCAGGACUUCGUGGCGGCGGUCUUUGACGUUGGGCUCAAGUGCGCGUCGCCCAAGCUCCUCCUGGAGAUGAUGCCCGUGGUGGACGGGCUCACCUCCGAGCACAUCAAGAGCCACCUACAGAAGUACCGCCUGCACAGGCAGCGCUCCCGGGAGGAGUUCCUAAAGAGCUACAACUACCUCACCGACCUGGACGGCGGCAAGAGCCUGGGCGGGGGCUCGGCGGCCGCCACCGUUGCCAAGGCCGCGGCAGCGGCCGCGGGCGGCGGCGGCGGCGACGACGUUAAAGACUUUUCGCCCGGGCGCGGGCGGGACGCGGAGACUCCGGAGUGUGGGUCGAGUUGCGACUGCGUUGACACGUCCAAACUCAGCGGGGGCAGCGGGAUCGGGGGCGGCAGCAACAGUCUCGCCGAAACGGACGGGAGAGGGGAGGCGGCGCGCUCAAAAUCGACGACGGGGUUUGCGCAGGCUGCGAGCGGGGACGAAGGUGCCAAGGGGAGCGGGGGCGGCGCCAAGGCGAGCGCGCAGCUGGCCGGAGGCGGGACGGAGGCGGUCGGCGGGGCGCAGCGGCUGCAGCUGCCCGGGGAGGCGGCGGCGGGGGAGGUGGUCAACGGCGCGCUGCUCCUGUCGCACCUGGAGCUCCUCGCCAAAGGGAUCGACAUGCAGGUCAAGUUCCACAACCACCUGCGGGAGGUGGUCGAGAGCCAGCAGCAGCUGCAGGCCCAGCUCGUGAGACAACAGGGCAGGGAGCACGUCCCCCAGCACCCGGCCGAGUUUUCCGGCGGCGGCGGCGGCGGCGGCAGGAUGCCGAGGGCGUUCUCGUCUAGCGCCGCGGGGACCACCACCGCGACUGCGGCUUCAGCCGUCGGCUUUUGUCCGCCGUCGGACUUGCAGUACGCGGGCAGCAUCGUCGGCGCAGAGGGCAACAUCCGGGUGCCGAAAGAAGUGCACCUGGUUGGCGGCGGCUGCGGCAGCGGGGUGUCCACGGCUGGAUACAGCAGCAAUCUCUCGGAUUCGAGCAGCCUGGUGUGGUCGGGUGGAGGGGAAGACAAGCUUGCCGGCUCGCCCAAGGAAGCGGAACAGGGGGGCAGAGGUGCCGCCGCAGCGGAACGACCGAGACGAAGAGAACGGCCGGGCGUGCUGAACCACGCGGGGGCGUCGCAGCUAGAAGGGGCUGCGGCGGCCGAUGUUUCGAUGGACUCCGCUCGCGCCGCCGCUUCCAAGGCCCGCCCGAGCGUCGCCGACCACAUGCGCGGGGACGGGACGGGUGAGCGUCUCGGCGAUGGGCAACAGCAACAGCAGUUCGACCCGGCAGCAAUGCGAGAGGCGUUUUCUGUGCAGGCGGUCGCGGGGAGGGUGGUGGCUCCUUCCCAUUCUCAGGGCCUGUCGGGCCGCCAGGGAGCGGGCUUAGCACCGCCCCGGGGAUACAUGGCCGGAGACUACACGCUAACGCCCAAAGCCCCGGAGGACGGCGGUUCAGGUAGGCUAGCCCCCCACGCUCGCGGGCAGCCGGCGGUGUUAGGGGCGGAGUUGUUGGCCGGAGAGGGGGCGUUAGGGGCCCACAAGUCGAUCUUUGCGGCGCGUAGCCCGGCGGAAGCCCGGGUUGCCUUGGCCUCCGCCACCCUUGCCCCGGUGACCUCGACCGGCAACGCGAGCAACGGGCAGGAGACGCUGACGCUGCAGCGACACAUGCAGGCGCAGAUGUCGAUGCAGCAGAGCAUGCUCUCGGCGUGCAACGACCAGGCGACUAACUUCGGCCAGCGCGGGUGGUGCGGGGGAGGGGGGCCGCCGGCAGCGGCGGCGGCGGCGGUGGCCACUCCUGCGUUCGGCGAGGCGGGCGGCGGCGCGCUCCGCGGCGGUAGUGGAGCGGGGAAGGAGGGCGGUGGGAACGGUGAUGGGGCGGGGGCAGACCUGGGGAACAGCAAGGAGCAGCAGCGCCUCGAUUCGCUGUCCCUGCAACCCUCCGAUGCGGGGGACCCCUCGGCGAUGAUGGGCCUCCUCCCCCAAGACGACAUGUUUGACUUCGGCAUGCUCGACCGCGAGGGUGAGUUGAAGUCGGCGCUUGGAGACAGUACCCCUCCCGGCCCCCCAGUGGCUCGGCCUAACGGGGACGAGCACUCGACCCUGUUUUCGUUCUUGAUGGAAUAG